GCCAUGUCUACUUUGUUUCCCUCGCUCUUCCCCCGUGUGACUGAGACGCUCUGGUUACGUCUGGAUGGGCCCUGUGUGGAGGAGACCCAACUGCAACCGCGGGAACAGCAGCAUCAGGCCUGGCUCCAGAGCAUUGCAGAAAAGGACAACAACCUGGUACCUACUGGCAAGCCAGCCGAGGAGCACUAUGAUGAGGAGGAGGAAGAUGAUGAAGAAGAUGAUGAAGAUAGCGAGGAAGACUCAGAGGAUGAUGAGGAUAUGCAGGACAUGGACGAGAUCACUGAUUACAAUGAGUCACCUGACGAUGGAGAGGUCAAUGAGGUGGACAUGGAAGGCAAUGAGCAGGAUCAAGACCAGUGGGUGAUCUAG